GUUGUCAGUGACGCUCUGGAGCCGUCGCCAGGGUGGCCUGAAGGCUGCAGGCUUGACUCUGGCUGGUGGAGCUCUCGCUGGAUCUGUGCGGGCGUUGGGAGACCGACCGCAUGGAUUGUGUAGAUAAAUAUUCCCAUACUUCUUUUGAUCUACAAUGUUUGUUAAAUUCAUUUCCUGGAGACUUGGAGUUUAAGCAGAUCUUCAGUGACAUUGAUGAACAGAUCAAACAAAAUGCUACCAGCAUCAAGCAUUGCAUUAAAGAAAUACAGAAAGAAGCUAACAAACAGUGUCCAGAUGUGCAGCUGCAAACAGAAACCGACUGCUUCGAAUGGCUGAUUCAUAGUAGUUACAGUACGUCUAAGUCACCUUCCAUUCCCCAUGGAGAUUUGAUGAAAUUCCUCAAAACAAUGGAUGAUGUAUUGAAGAAUGAACAAAAUCAAGAAGAAAUGAUACUGGGUUUACUUUGGGACCUGUCCUGCAAGAGCAGCAUUUCAUUACCAUCAACUUUAAGUGAAACAUCUUUUCAUUUCCUGCCUGGGACUUCUCUUCAUUCUGUUGAAGAUCAUUCCCCAGUGGAUGUAAAGUCUAUAUGGGAUGAUAUAAGACUGCAUCUUCGAUGCUUCUUAGUGAACAGAUUACAAAGCCUCAAUGAAAUAAACAGUUCACAGCAAAGAAUUGUAUUGAAAAAUCAGUGCAUACAACAAUUCUUAUUUCUCUAUCCAGAAUCAGAAGUUAUCAUCAAGUACCAAAACAUACAGAAUAAAAUGUUGGCUAAACUUCUGCAGGACAAUUUUCCUUCUUACAGCAGAGAUUCAAAUUUAGAUAUAAUAGCUCAUGGAUACCAAAGUGCAAUGCUUAAGUUAUAUUCAAUGAUAAAAGAGGAUUUUAGCACACUGUGUGAAAUUUUAGCUCCAUCUUCAACAGUGAAAUUCAUUAAAGAAACUUACUUGGAUACAGUUACAGAAGAAAUGGGAAAAUUUCUUGAGAACUUUUGUGAGCUGCAGUUCAAAGAAAAUGCUGCCCAUGUGGUUAAAACAAGCAAGAGUUCCAGCAAGCACAGAGGAGCAGUGCAUGCCUUGGUUACUCCUGAAUUCCCACAGAAAGGAAGAAACCUUUUGCUAUCCUUAGAUGAACUCAGAUUCUUAUCACAGCUCAUAAAAUCCCUUUUGGAGCUAGAAAACAACAUUCAAGAAUUAUUUGAAGUGAUGUUUUUAUCAAUUAAGGUGUCCAGGAAUACUUCAGGAAUUUUGGAGAAAUCCAGUCAGGAUGUUAUAAUAGAGAAACCUAGAGCAAAUAAAAAUAGUUUUCCUUCAGAGGAAUUGCUACCAGUAAAAGAGGCUACAUUAUUGGAUUUUGGCUGGAGAAAUGCAUUUAAAGAAGUGUCUCUUCCCAUGGCACAUUGUAUAACCACUAGAGUUGCAGAUUUUUCUGCAAAAGUUCUCCAACAGGAGCAAAGUGAAAGGUCUUCAGCUGUGAGCUGUGCAAUGAACCUUGUAAGUGUCCAACAAGUCUGGCAAGUCAGUCACAUGUUUCCUGAGGAAGAACGACCGAAGAAAAUUGCAAAGUUUUGUUCUGACAUCAUGGAAAAACUUGACACAAUGCUUCCACUGGCUCUGGCAUGCAGAGAUGAUUCUUUUCAGGAAAUUAGAGCAAACUUGGUGGAGGCCUGUUCUAAAGUGGCAACAGCUGUCCUGGAAAGACUGCAAGAGAGAAGCAAGGAGUUUCCUCGCAGAGCACCCCUGAAAAACCUACUCAUAGUCCUCUCCACAGCGGUGUAUGUCUUCCAGCAGUUCACACAGUAUGAUAAUUUGAUGAAAGCAGCUACUCAGAAACCCAUAUUCCUGGUGCCUGUCCAACGAUAUCAGGAAUUCAUCAACACUCUACAGUUUCAGGUUACGGACUACUGCCUCAGAGUUUGUGCUACAAGCAUUUUACAGGAUGCUGAGAGCCACCACUGGGAUGACUACAAAGCUUUUUAUGAGGGGGAAAGAUGCUCCUUCUCACUCCAGAUGUGGCAUUAUUUCUACUGGGCUCUUCAUCACGAUCUUUGGACCAUUCUUCCCCCUAAGUCAGCCCAGGAGAUCCUAGCAGAAGUGCUGGAAAAAUCCUUGGGUCUACUGGCUUCCAGAUAUGCUCGGGCCCAGCCAAGUUAUAAAAGAACUCCACAGAUAAGACUUGAUGUUACAACAAUUUUGAUAUGCGCUGAGAACAUGUUAUGGUCAAUUUGCACAUCUGUACAGAGACUUUUGACUCCUCAGGAGUAUAAAGAUGAUAAAAUCUUUAAAAUUCAUAUCCACUGUAAUAAUCUGCUUACAACAUUAGCUAUAGUGGCUUCACCAAUAAGAGAAUUAUAUAAGACUUUUCAGCAUGGCAUGGAUGAGUCUGCUUCAGAUUCCUUAAAAUCAUUUUUCAACCAACCAUUACAUUGGGUUUCCUGCAUAUCACAUUUCUACCCUUCCUUCCUCAGGACUCCAUCUGGUGGAGGACUGAAAGCCGAGGGUCAAUUGAAACUGCUCUUAUCCCAGCCAACUUGUAACUGGACUCUGCUUCUGGAAACUCUGCUGCGUAAUAACGGUCUUUUACCAACAAUCUUGUUGAAGAGUUCAAAAUGUACCUUUCAAGAACAAAUUUCUGACACAGAAAAUAAGUGGAGCCAAGGCCUGAUAGAAGCCGUCUUUACAGUCCUGUACCAUUGUAAUUACUCACCAGAAAUAUUCGGAGAUGUUUUCAUGAGUUACAUGGAAGAAGAGCAAUUAUGGGACUUUUUGUGUAACAUUCAAGUGUGCAUGGAGUCUGAGCCGGAGGUCAUCCGAUGCUUGAGAUUGGCACUGACUGAUGCCAUCAAAGACAUCAUACAGCAGGUAAUAUCUUUGAUGAACUGUGGAAGAACCUGUGAGACAAACCCAAGCAACCACAAUGUUCCCAAUCAUUUACUUGAGAGCAUUCCGAAAGAAUGGAAUUAUGUUCCAAAAGAAUGGAAAAGAAAAGAAUCAAGCAAAGGCUUCACCAGGCUUGCUGCUCAGGCAGUAUCUAUUGUAAUCAGCAGGUUACCUACGGUGAUUGCAUGUUUGCCUCCCCCAAUUAAGUACUUCUUUUUUGUGUCUGAGAGAAAAAUGUCAAAAAACUUUGUUGCAUUGAAGAAAGCUGGCCUGCUUGUCUGGAACUUGAUUGUAAUUAUAUGUCGGAUAUUUGAGGAUGGAAACACUGUGGAACUUUUAACAGGUGCCUCCCUUGACAGAUGGAGUAAGGAGAGGCUCAGUUUAAUUUGCAUGUGUUUGGAAAGCAUCAUGGGAAAGCAAAGUAGCCCCAAUCAAAUGACCCGAAAGGUCCUGCAGAGCAUCGAGCAGCAAAAGCCCAACUGGAUUGAACGCCAACUGCUGAAAGCAAGACAGUUGAGCACUGAAUGUGCAUUUAUGACAAUGGAGAAAAACACAGUUUCAAAAGAAGGAGAUACUGCGCUUGAACUGACUGAGCAGAAAAUAAACACGAUGGUCCUGGAUCUCUGCCACAAACCAGGUGGCAGCGAGUACCUGAGGCAAAUUUAUCACAUCAUGCAGCUCAAUGAGGAAUAUUUAAAAGAACAACUGUUUCUUAUGAAUGGUUCAGAGGAAAAGUCAUUACCCACCCAACCUUUAAAGAUGACACUGAGGAGUGUGGAAGAUCAGUCUUCAGCUUUUAACCCUUUCCAUGUGUAUAGGUCGUUCAGAGAAAACAUGCUGGAUCAGUCAGCCAUCGCAAAAUGGAACUGGAAUUGGUCAAAGUUGCUGCCAAAUUAUUUAGGACUCGAUAAGAUGACCUUCAAUGUACUGCUCAAAAACAGAAUGCCAUGUCGGAGUUUAUAUCCUUAGGUUCCUUUUAGCUCUGCCAGUUUCUGAUCCCCCC